AUGAGCUCCCUACCAUACAAAGGCCAUCAUUUGCAGCAGCGGCAACAACGGCAGCAACGGCAGCCGCUCAUGUUCAGCCCAGCGUCGCGCACGCCAAUGUCGCCGCAACUCGCGGCACCGUCGCCAGCACUUCUCCCAUUUGCGGCUUCUUCAGUCUCAGCCAUGCGCGAGCCGGUUGCACGUGCCCCUGCCCAACCGGGCCUGAGUCAGGCCACACUGACGCCACUGCCGUUUAAUCCUCCUGCACCCGCACCCCAACAGCAGCAUCAACAUCAACAGCAGCAGCAGCAGCAGUCGCCGUGGGUGUCGUCGUUGCUCUCAAUGAUGAGCGCUUCCCAGUCACUGCAGCAGCAGACGCAGCAGCACCAGAUGCUACAGGAGGAGCACCGCCAGCAGCGGCGAAAGCACCAGGGCCGCAUCAAGAGCAAACGCUAUCGCGAGCGGAAGAAGGCGCUCCUCACCACCUUGGAACACGAGGCCAAGCAGUUGCACCAGCAAUGUCACCACACGCUUGCACUCCUCGUCUCUCGUGGGCUCGACGUCAACUCAAUCAUUCAGACAUUCCCGACCCAGCUUGGGCAGCGCGAGUUUCGCGUGCCUUAUGUUCGGCAAUCGUACUCUGACGAACAUUUCCAAGCUGAUUGUACACGCGAAGGGCUGGCGUUUGCAAAUGAGGAGGAGGCUCGCCAUGAGAAAAGCAAGAGGACUUCUCGCUUCUAUCGCGCAGAAAAACGGCGUGAAGAGAAAGCCUGGAACGAACAUGUUGCCGGAUAUCGGAGGUGCCUGUCCCAUCUCGAGGAUUUCUACACCGCCUUUGGCACAAUGCAGCCACCACCACACCACCAGCAGCAGCAGCAGCAUCAACAGCAACGACAACAACAACGACACCACUCUUCGUCUUCCUCCAUGGGGCAAAACUAG